AUGGACAUUGGUGGACAGUUGGCAAAGAAUGUCGUUGUAUGGUUCGAUUGGGAUGAGUGGACAGAGAUAUACAAUGCACUCUACUCAAAUGAUCAGACCGCUCAAACUGCAGCGAUCAAACGAAUAGCAGCAUGGAAGAGUAGGGGCAAGUUACCAAUGGCUGUCGAGGCCACUUCAUCAUUGGUAGAACUACUCGCGUCGACACCAACAACAAAUACCACAACAACAUCAGUGUCAGAGAAUAUGAGAGCAUUGGCACUUGGAAUGGCAAUCAAUAGAUUGGUGAAUGGUGUGAUUGAAUCACAUCAACAUAGAGCGCCACAGAAUAGAACGAUGAAUAAUAGGUCAAUGUUUGCUAUUGCUGCUCAGAUGAACUUACCAAUGCACUUUGUUGACAUUAGACAUGAGGCUGCACACUCUUCAUUGCCUUCAAUCCGUGUGUUGUGCACGAUUGCACGCACGGCACUUACUUGGCUAGACGAUCAUUAUUGGCAGUCACAACUCACAUUGUUCAAUGGACAACGUACCAACCUCAAACGCAUACUGGACACAUACUCCAAACAAUUCGAUCAUACUGUCAAUGAGUUGGGCAUGGGCUCUGGCACGAACAAGAACUCCACGGCCAAGAAUACAAAGAUCAAGGAUUGGCUCGCCGACAAUGUGAGGACGACGGUCGCCACUAUCAAAGACCUGAUCUCGGCUGGUCAGCUCGAGGGCAUCCUUGUGCCAAUGCUGGUCGACGACGGAUUUCUCGUGCCCAGCGCACAAUCAUAUACUCCUUUGCAAAAGGGCGACUACACCGUGCCAUUCCUCAUCGACAAGAAGUGGAGGACCCUCCUGAAAGAGCUUCACGAGACCUACCCCCACUUCUUUAUCAUCUUGUUCUACCUGCUCGUGGACCGAAUCACUGGCGCGAACAAGAUUGCACUGACGUCCAAGCGAUUGCUUGCUGGUUGGCUCAUGUUGUUGACGCGCAAGUACAACUUCACCUCACAGACCAAGGAGACACUCAAUAUGGAGCUGCCCUACCGCUUCAUCUUUGAGCGAUGCUUGGUGAGUAGCUCACAGAUCGCCACGGCUGUACUGGAGACUGUGGCGCCCAUGCUCACCAAGAAGGACCAACAAUCACUGCGGAGUAAAGGUGGUUCGGCAGCAGUUGACCCAGCUACACAGUACAACAUGGCGAGCGAACAUGGCAAGUGGAGACCUAUCGAAUGGUGGACGCCAUGUCCAAUCGGUGUCGCGCCUAUUGUGUCAACCACCAGUGGGUCCAACAAGCUUGACCUGCCCGUCACUCUUGACAGUGGCACGGCGUCGUUGGUCGAGCAAGACACAAACAGUUUAAAGUCAAUCAAUGAAUGUCCAGAGAUCAAACAACAAUGGAUCGACAAGGUGCGCAAUAUAAUCAACAAGUCACAGACAUCAUCGUCAACAACUGAUACUCAGGUUGGAAGCAAGCGUGAGAUUGGUGAUGGCGAUCAAUCAAUCAAACAAAAGAAGCAAAAGGUUGUUCAUGCUCCACCAGUCAACCAACAACAAUCAAUAAUCGAUGUUGAUGCUCAUCCAGGAUCAUCUUCAACAACAACAACAAAGCGAAACAAGAAGGAGAAGUCAGUUGUUGGAAAGGUAGCCAACCUUGCCUUUUGGAAGUAA